GCGGAAGUGGGAUAACAAUCAGUGCAGCAGCAGCGUGUCUUUGUUGUUUUGGGAGCAGUUAUCGAAGGUAGUUCUAGUCCUGACUUUAAACUUUCCGAUGGAUGAGUGAUAAUUCCAUUAUUAUAAGAGGCUGCCAGACAAAAUUCAGUAAUACAUUAGCAAGUAUCCUGAAAACUCAUAAGGAAAUCAGAACAGAAUUUAUGCCAGGCUAUUAAACCAAAGAUAAAUUUCAAAAUGGGGCGAACUAACACAGCCACAACUCCAGAGGGACACAUGAUUCGCUUCCAAUGUCACCAUUGCCCAUAUUCCUCGCCAAAUAAACACAACUUGAUGCUUCAUAUCAACUCACAUCGAGGUCAUCGACCCUACCAAUGUAGCUACUGCCCGUAUGCAGCGUCCCAGCCGUCCACCGUUCGUACACACACGCGUGUCCGUCACCGUGAUCGAUGCAAGUACAAAUGUAUUCACUGCGAGUUUUAUUGCCAAAAGGAACGUGCAAUCUCUCUCCAUCUGGAGAGGUACCACAGUAUAACCACUUACUCAAUCGCAACCUACAUGAACUCUAGCUUCGUUGAUGACCAAUAUGCAGCGCCCUCUGAUGGGAUAAGCGUACUUAAAGGUAGACCAAGUAUUUAUGAUCGGCAAGCUCGGAUGUCUUCUUUAAUGAACUCCAGUACAAAUGUGAAACCGGAAUACUUGAAAGGUUUGAACAUGGAGAAUAUGUUGGCUUUGCAUCAGAAUCUAGCCAACAGAGGUCCACCACCCAAGAUGCAAAUUUUAAACUCCAGUAGUGAUUAUAGUGCUAUAGUGGACUACACUGCCCAUCAGCAACAAGAAAAGGCCAAAGUAAUUAAUAACAAUGGUGUCAAGCAAAAUACACCUGCCCAACCAAUGGACACAAGUGCUCCUCUUGACUGUUCGGUGAAACAAUCACCCUCUCAUGAUAGUGAACCCGAGGCUGCUGACACCUUGGAGAUGAUGUCAAAUGACAUGGAGUCGCAUUAUGAAUGCGACCAAUGUGACUAUGCGUGUGCUUACGAGUCACAAUUUAUCAAGCAUUUAAUGACAAUGCAUAAGGAUAGCGGUAUUGUUGUUGUAGACCCAUCACAAGAAGGAAGCUUAGAAUAUUCAGCUACCAAUCACGAGGCAGCAAACUCUGGUAUUGCUGACCUAUCAGAAAAUGGCGUAUCUUCCAAUAGCAACACUUCAAAUGGUACUGACUCAAAUAUCCAUUCAGCAGACAUAGCAAAGGAUUCUGGGUAUGCCAAAAUUGGCCCAACAAAGUUAGAAAGUCAUACAGAGUACCCUAAACACACAGAGUACCCUAAACUCAAGCACCUUCAAGAUAGCGGACGUCUAGAAUAUGCAAAUGCAAAUAAUUUCUAUGUUAAUUCGAACAUUGCCGUAUCACAAUCAUUUGACAUAGCGGUACCCAACAAAAUGCCAUUUAUCAAAACCGAAGCGAACAUACUUCCAGAACAUAUCAACGGUACUCAUAAUCCAUCCCGGCAACAAGACCCAGGAAGCGGAACAAGCAACAGAAUCCCAUCGAAACGAAAGAUGCUAAAUCCGGUUCAGAGGUUAGACAGGAACAGAGCCAGUCCCAAUCCGUACCAGCUGGACACAAGAUCCCCUCCUGCCGCAACCACGCCAAACAAUACUCUUCAAGACCAAGCCACGCAAACUAAUAAUCACGCGAUAGAGACUCUUCGACAGAAGCAAGAACAAUUUCAGUUUAUUUGCCCGCACUGCAAGAUCAUUUUUCCAGAUAAUUUGCUGUUUGUGAUCCAUCGGGGGUCUCAUGGAUAUAACGAUCCAUUCCAAUGUAACAUGUGUGGAUACAAAGCGAUAGAUAAAUACGAAUUCACUACCCAUAUCCAUGGAUGCCCUCUCACAAAACCAGCCAGAGAUUAGGUAAGAAAAAUAAUAUCGUAAUCAGUUUGUUUUUUUACGUGUCGGAAUAAUUCUGAGAACACAUAGAAACAUAAAUUUGAAAUUAUUUUAUAAAAUUCUUUUUUAUUUAAAACUGCGGCUCUUUGUGUUUAAGUAGGGAUGCAAAUUUUUAAGCUUUAAUGAAUUAAAAAGAAAAACAAUGCGAAAAGAAUAUCUUUGUUUUGAAGACAAUGAAUUUUAAUUAAUAAAAAUGUUAGUGCAUUAUUUUGUGCAGUCUUGAAUAAUAAUAUACUUUAUUUAUGUGGUAUCAACUGCAGUUAAUUUUUCACUAGGUUGUCAUAAUUUAUUGAUAGUGUAAGAAAGAAGAAACAGGGUUUACUUGUUAUUUUCAUAUUUUAUUUAUUUCAUUCAAACUAUCCCUUGAUAGUCACAAAAUACAUAAAUACCAAGUUAUACCAGUCUUAAUGUAUUAUAAAAAUGUCCAUUUGGAUUUUCAAAAAUCAAGUUUGUUAAAUAUAUUAUUCUGAGUCUGGAGUAAAAUAUCUGUGACAUAGCUAAAGGUAUUCAUUUUUAUUCAGCCUGUGCAGAUAUAGUUUAUGAUUACCAAAUUUUGAUCGGAUUUCCCUUUAGUCUAGGAUGUAUUGAGAAUUAUUUAAUUAGAAGUAAAUAGGACAAAGGAAUCUUGCGAUAGAAUCCGUUUCUUACAGGCGACGUGUGCUUCCUUUGAUAACCUUUCUAAAAAGCUCUUCAAGCAAUUUCUGAACAUCCGCCGAAAAAAGAUUUACUUAAACAUAACAUACAGUUGUGUAGAUUAUCAGAUUAAAAGUAUGUGUGCUAAACUCUAAGUUAUUUAUCAGACAGUUGAAUUCACAUUGGUUUAAAGCUACCUUCUUUGUUCAGAUGAAUUAUAGAGCACAUGGUAUGUCAUCAAACAAAGACGUCCAAUCAACAUUAAGACAGUUUUCAAGCAGACUAUUUAGAGGGUCAUAUUUUCAGAUGGUAACACAGAAAUAAUCCCAUCAGAGCAUCAGCUGAAAUCUCUUGAGAUUGCUGGCAUUCUACAUUGCAAUCGGGUUCAUAUGUUUCAUAAAGUGUUGUUAGAUGUACUUCGGGGCAUUCAGCUUCCCAGCAAAAACUGAUUAGUUCACGGCCUUUAAUUAAUUUGAAUCUAUCGGUGAUCAUGUACCUUUCGUGCUAUAGCUGUCUGAGUCACCAUGUUGCUAUCAGAUAAAGGUAUACAAAGAACAUUGCCAUUAAUAUAUGGUGUCUACAGGUCUUUAUAUUGUUUCUUUGUUUGCAAUCAGUUACUGUAUAAUUUGUCCUGUUUAGCUGAUUGUCCGCGAACAAUAAAGCAUGUUUGGGCUAGUAUUGAAAAAGCUCUUGUGACCAAGAAAUCUGGGCUGGCGAUAUUUACAUUUUAAUUGGAUUUCACAAAAAGUGUUAAGUACUGUAUUGUUUUGAGUCUGGCUAGCCUAAGGCAGUUGUUGUCUGCUUGUUUUAGGUAGGUCUGUACAUCUGUCAGUCAUAAUUGUGUUUUAAAUUGAAAGUAUAUAUAAUGAUUGAAUCAUUGGGAUGAAGCCUACAAACGCUCAAAUAUACUUUAGCUCAUAUUAUAUAGUACAUUGAAAAUUAUGGGACACUAAUGCAUACUCCAAGCAAAGAAAUACAUGACAUAAUGGUUUCUUUGUUUAGGAUAUGCAUUAAUCUUUCAUAUCUUAAAUAAAUCAGUUGGCCCUUUGGUUUUUAGAAAUAACAAAAGUACUUUAUAACUACAUAAAAAUUAAAAUAAUACAAUGCAGAAAUCUACUAAGGAUUCUGUGGGGAUCAAAUUUAAUCGUUGUUUAGAAAAUUAUAUUAUUGUAGCUCAGAUUUUCUUGGGAUUUUUCUUAACAGCAAACUUUUUUAUAUCAUGAGCCUUCACAACACUGGACAAUACAGUAUGUUGUAGGUCAGAAAAUUCUGCCUGAGUGGAUAUGUUCAAUUUAUAUAUUCCUUCUCAUUGAUUAUGUAAAGGGGUUAAUUUAUUUACAUAGCUGCAGAUGACAUUACAUGUCGGCAUGUCUUUUGUAAUGUAGUUGACGUCAUAACUGCCCUGGUAGUGGUAGGCCAUGCACGGUGGACAAGCGAGCAACAAUAACUCAAUGUCGCUUGUGACAUUCUGUUUAUAUAAUGGAAGGACCGAGCACUAGAUAAAUAACGAGAUGAGAUUAAUUACUAUGUAACUAAUUGAUCUUGCGAUUACAAUUUUAGUUUUAAAUUUCAUUACGAUUUGAUCAUCCUUGUUGAAUUGAAUUCAGUUGUGCUGGAAUUCAUCGUAUUGUCUGUACAUGCUUUGGUUUAUUUUUACCUUGAAGUAAUUAUAGCUUAGCAUCUUGUCUAGCGACUCCAUCCAUGUUUAUUGCGCCCAAUGCUGCGCAUAGUUUUAAUAAGUCUCUCUUUGUAUAAUUGUACUUACUGUUGACGAUUGUGAGACACAAAUGACAAGAUUCUACUAUAUAAUACAGAAAGUGAUUGUUACUGUAUAUUGUGGCAAUACAUAUUAUAUUACAUGGUCUCUCUUGCCAGCAUAAUUGCCGGUAAUCAUAAUUUAAUACAAUUUCAUAUCCUUUUAUUAAUAAUUAAUAUUCCCUUUAGUAACAUGUGCAAAUAAGAAAAUAGACAAAGUGGAUUGAUUGCGUCAAGCAAUCACCUAGAGUUGUCGCCCUAAUUUAACAAAGAACGUUGAGCAAUAUUUUGUAGUAGUACUUUACAUCCGUUUAUUUAUUGUUUCUGGUUUUUAACAAAAGGGGAUGUUUCUCACAAUUUAUAUUUAAAAACCUGAAUAUCUGCCAAAAAAUGAAAAAAAAAAAUUUUAGUUAUGUAUAUUUUGUAGCAAUGUUAAGUUCUUUCUUUUUUUUUCUUUUUUUGUUUUGUUUAUUUCAAUAAAAAAUUAACAUUAUAUAGUGUUUCAAGACUUCGAGGCCAAAGAGUCAUAAUAAUUUGAUUCCUGUUAUAAAUGUACAGUUUUCUUUGUUUACUUUAAACUUCCCUUGUGUUUUUGAACAUUAACUUAGCUUGAGAAUGCCUUGCAUGUUUGAAUGUAUUGUUUAUCAGUUUGAUGUAAAUAACCUUGGUUAGACAUGCUACAUGACGUCUAUGUAUUUUGCCUAUAUAUUUAUUUAUUUACAUUUCAAGUAACUUAUUGACAUACAGUACAUUAAAAUACUGUAUAAGAAUGUCAAAGGUCAUUCAAGGUCGUUCAUAGGUCACACAAUAAAGUGUUAAGAUAAAAAAAGUUCUAUAACUUUUUUGUUCGUAGAUUAUAAGCUAUUUAUUGUAAAAUUAAAGAUUAAUUAGAGAAGAACAGGAUUUAAUGUUUAUCGGAGAUGUUUGUCAAUUUGUGCGUACUAUAAGUACAAAGUUAAUUGCGAUAUUGUUAUACUCUUUGUAAAUAUAGUUUGAUUGAUGGUACAUGAUUGAACCAUGUACACAUUGCCUUUUAGUAUAGAUUACAACCAUUCAAGUCACUAUAAGAAUGUCCAAAACAAUUUUGUAUAAGUCCAAAGAACCCCUUUUUACUCUAUGUUUAUAUUUGUUGAACGUGCUUUGUUUUCAUUUGUGUCCGUUUAUAGAUGAUAAACAAACUGUUAUCCAUAGCAUGCUAUUGUAAAUAUGUUAUAGAAAAAGAUGUUGUAAUUGUUAGAAACGAUACUGUACUUAAUAGUGUCUGCUUCCAUCAUCAAGUCCGAGAUUUUUGUAAGUGUAACGCUGGGCAUAAAAUGCAUUGCCAACAAAUCCAUUUUCACUCUGUGCGAGCGCUUGAUGGAGCAUCACCAUCUAUUGAUUGUUGGUGGCAGUCGGAACUGAUUGUCAUUGAAUACGAUCUAUCGAGUGCCUCUCGUAAAGAAGUGGAAUUGCGUCGGCCGGUGCAUUGCACUGUACGCCCAACUUAAAUGAUCCGAACCCUGACUUGCCAUAACAUUCAAUACAAGAUUAUUAUCUACCAUAUGGCUUUUCAGAAAUAAAAAUAUGUAAGCAUUCUAAUUGAAUACUGUAUACGAUGAGAAAUUAAUGCAAGAUGAUUGUACUUUCAAGUUUGUGAACUAAUAAUUAUAGGUUUUACACAGAACAACCAAAGACAAUUGUAGCUAGUAUCCCUGACACUUGCAAAAGACCUGUUUUUUGAAAAUAGAGCCCAAGUUUGAGAGGUUCAUAUUUUCGUAAACUACUUUUUAACAAUCCAUUUUUAUACUAAAUGGUUAGAUGAAUUACAGUCAAAAAAAAAAAAGAAAAAUAAUUUAAAGUAUAAAAAUGUAUUACAAUAUUUUUAAUUUUAAAUGAAAGAUUCACCUCUGCUUAUGCAAAUUUAACAUGAAGUUAUUUGUGUGAACUGGGAUCUUUUUUUUUUAGUGGAAAAAGUUAAUUUCUUUUGUCUGCAGAAUAAUUUCUUUAUUUGGUUGAUGACAAUUACAGUGCACGUUGUCAGAUGAUUAAAAAUGUCAUUUUUACCAUACAUGAAUAUUUUAAUAUAGAUUACCAUUUAAUGUGCUAUAUAAUACAUUCUGUGUGCUAAUGUCUAUUUGAAACAUGAAAACAAAAUGUGAUGUACAUACUGUACAAUAACCAUUUUUUCUUUUAAUUAAUUGUCAUUUAUACCUUUUAAACAAUUUAUUUGUUUUUUUUUUAAUGCAGAUUUAGCCUCGGUAUUACAAUAUAACAUAAUUUUGUUAUAUUUCUACCUUUUUAAUAACUUGGUUUAAUUUAUUUUAUCUAUAAGCAAGUGUGCUGUUUACUGUAUAUUUUAAUCAUUGGAUUAUCAUUCUACUGAUUAUGAUUGCAAACUAAUUAUUUGGUGCCAAAUUAAGGAUAAUAUAUAUCAAUUAUGAUUAUUUGGGUUUGGUACAAUAUGCAAACCACCAGUGUGGUGUUAUUGAUUUUUUGUUAUAAAGUGUAAGUGAAGCUGUUACUUUGCUGAUUCCACUGUUUGUGGGUUCAUUCCAGCAAAUUUCCCUGGAUUUAUCUUGCAAAUAGGAUGACAACUCCAAUCAAGCAUGAAAACACUUAGUUAAAGAAAAGAUCCCUAACAUAUGACAGGUGUCCUUUAACAAAAUGGUUAAUUCUGUUAAUUUAUUGAUCUAAUGGGUUCUGUUGUAAUAUAUAUAACGGUUAUGUAUUUAUGAUUGUUGUAUGUUUUGUCUUCAUUGCAAAGGGGAGACCAAAGUACAAUUUCUUUUUCCUGUGUUUUUUUUAGGAGUGUACAGUACAUGGUGCUUUACUAGCUCCAUGACUGCUUAGUUUAUGUCUUCAUGCUGUCGUCAUGUUCUAGUAGUGUAAGGUACAUUGUACACAAUGUGUACAUAUGCUCUGCUAUGUAAUUAGAUACGUUGAUAACAACUCAUAUAUUUUGUAAUGUAAUAUGUUUCUUCAUUACUUAGCAUAUUUCAGGCAUAAUUGUGUUGUUUGGGAGAAUGUAAAUGCAUAGGUGAUCUAAAUUCUCACCAUUGUUCACAGUGAAGUACGCAUAAUACAUUGAACAGAUAAUUAAUGUAGGAUAUUACUAUUAUGUUAUAUUUGAUAAAAAUUUCUUGUUCUUUUUUUUUUUUUUUUUUAAAUGCAUAAUUUGAAAAAAGUUUUGGUUCCAAACUGUCAUCAGUUUUCUUUUAGUGAGUAUAAGAUAAAUUCCAUAUUCAAAGACUAAAUUUUGAUUAUGUUUCCAUUGCCUGGUAUUUAGCCAGAACGAAAGCAACCCCCGGAAGUAGAGUUGGAAAUUGAAAAGUCCUGUUUAUCACCCUUUGAAACUAAAUCAAUUUAGUAAAAAAUGUUCUUUAGUAGGUUAAAUACUCUAAUGAGAUCUUCCUGUGUAAUAGCUUCCAGCUUUCAUCAGAUCUAUGUAUACCUUGCUAUUAUACCAAAGAAUCAACCAAAGUAAAUGAUGAAAAUUGCCGAUUUAAGAGAGAAAACAAUGUGAUUUCAAUGAUAAAUCUUGCAAUGUAACUUGACUGUUUGUUUAAUCACAUUUUCCUUGAAAGUGCUAUAAGGGUCUACAGUUUAAUAAUUUGGUAUUGUGCAGAGGAUACUGUAUUAUUACAAAUGCAUGUGAUUGAAAAAUAUUCAAUAUUUACUUAAAAAGUGUCAAAAGUUGUUCUAAAAGUCCUGUGAAACCAUGAAUGAAAAAUUAAAUUUAAGAAGCAAUUUAUAGUGUUACUGUAUCAGUAUUGUUAAUUUGAAUAAGAAAAAUUUCUGUUCACACAUACUGUAGUGUUACUUAGUAUGUGUUAUGUAAACUUCAGUUACACGGAUAAUCCAUAUUCAAAGAACAUAGUACCUAGCAACAUGUUAUCCUAGUAACAUGGUAUCAUAGCAAUAUUGUAUCAUAGCAACAUGGUACCCUAGUAAUGUGGUACCUAGCAACAUGGUACUCUAGUAACAUGAUGACUACUGUAGCAACAUGGUAUCCUAGUAACAUGGUAUAGCAAUAUUGUAUCAUAGCAACAUGGUACCCUAGUAACAUGGUAUCAUAGCAACAUGGAAUCAUAGCAAUUUGGUAUCUAAUCAACUCCAUAAUCACAUGUUGACCAUUGUACCAUGAGUGUACAGAAUCGUUAAGAAUAGCCACCUCCAUGGUGUGUGCUUGUGUGUGUUGUGUUCAAAAGAACACAUCGUCGAAGCUUCUACGUUGUAUAGUUUGCUCUGUUGAAUGUAGUAGAAAAAAAAACGUUGCCGAUCCAUUCUUCGUAACGAUGCCAGAAUGAAGGUGGAUUCGUCUAAACGUUGAAGGCACUAGAUUGAAUAAAUCAUUGAAUUGUAGAUGAGAAAAA